UUGAAAGAAACAAAUACUACAAUUAAUUAAUUAAUCUCUCCAUUUUAUAAAACCUAAAAUCACGAAGCUUCACUUUCCAACACAGACAGGCCCUCUCUAUCUCUCUGGAGCCAAAGAAGAAAAGCUCUUCUACAGUGUUCCACAUUUCGAAAAAUUGAAAAAGAAAUCCAUAAACAUUAGUAGUAGUCUAUUAGUCUGAUCUUUGAACAAACCUCAUUUUUUAGGAUUUCCAUUAUCUCUACACAAUUCGCUUUAUUGUUUGACGGUUAUACCCUGCCUCUUCUGCUCUCAUUUUUCAUGAUCAGCAGCAUGGUGGUGGCGGCGGCGGAAAAUUGAGUAAAUUAAAGGAUGAAAACAGGGGCGGAACCGGAAAUAGGAGUGAAUGGGAGUGGCUAACAAGGCUUGGAUGCUUAGCUUGUUAUCGGAAAAACCGAACCUGGCGCUUUAUAACCAAUCAAACGGAAAACAUUAUCAAUAUCAUCAAAAUAUUUAUAAUGACUGGCGGUGGUGGAGAUCUUCGGCGACCCAGCAGCACCGGAGGAAGGUGCCGUGGUCGCUUGUUUGCGGUUUGAUGCUGUUUGGUUUGGGAUUGGUUUCUCUCUUCACUGGACACGUGGCUUCUGAUCUUGAGUGGUACUCUCAACGAUUAGUCAAGCGCAGCCUCUUCUACUCUAGGCUGGAGGGAAGGCGACGUGAAGCAAUUGAUAUUUGGAAAUCAAAAUACUCGAAUCUCUUCUAUGGAUGUAGCGAAAGAGGGCGUAAUUUUCCUCCUGCCGUACGUGAGCGGGCAUCAAAUGGCUAUUUGCUUAUUGCUGCAAGCGGAGGGUUGAACCAACAAAGAACUGGAAUAACAGAUGCUGUGGUUGUUGCACGGAUUCUUAAUGCUACAUUAGUUGUGCCUGAGCUAGAUCAUCACUCCUAUUGGAAGGAUGAUAGUGACUUUGUCAACAUUUUUGACGUUGAUUGGUUCAUUUCUUACCUUGCAAAAGAUGUCACCAUUGUGAAAAGAGUUCCUGACAAAGUCAUGAGGUCAAUGGAAAAACCCCCAUAUACCAUGCGUGUCCCAAGAAAAUCCCCCCCUGAGUAUUAUCUGGAUCAAGUUCUGCCAAUAUUAUUAAGGAGACGUGUUGUGCAGUUGACGAAGUUUGACUAUAGGCUUGCAAGUAACCUUGACGAAGAGCUGCAAAAGUUGCGCUGCCGGGCUAAUUAUCAUGCUUUAAGAUUUACAAAACCCAUACAAGAAAUUGGAGAGAGACUCGUGACAAAAAUGCGAAAGAUGGCAAAACGUUACAUUGCAAUUCACUUGAGGUUUGAACCUGAUAUGCUUGCGUUUUCUGGGUGUUACUUUGGUGGGGGUGAAAAGGAGAGAUUUGAGCUUGGUGAAAUAAGAAAAAGAUGGGCAACAUUACCUGAUUUAAGCCCUGAUGGAGAGCGUGAGAGAGGAAAAUGUCCACUCACUCCUCAUGAAGUAGGAUUAAUGCUGCGUGCCCUUGGUUUUGCUAACGACACAUACCUCUAUGUUGCAUCUGGAGAAAUAUAUGGCGGGGAAGAGACUUUGAGACCCCUUAGAGAACUCUUCCCAAACUUCUAUACGAAGGAGAUGCUUGCAAUCGAAGAGCUGAAAUCUUUUUUUCCAUUUUCCUCUCGCAUGGCAGCCAUUGACUACAUUGUCUGUGAUGAGAGUGAUGUCUUUGUCACAAAUAACAAUGGAAACAUGGCCAAGAUUCUUGCUGGUCGAAGGAGAUAUGCUGGGCAUAAGAGGACCAUCAGACCGAAUGCAAAGAAGCUCAGUGCAUUGUUCAAGGCAAGGGAUCGGAUGGACUGGGAUACAUUUGCCAAAAAGGUGAAAGCAAGCCAGAGAGGAUUUAUGGGAGAACCCGAUGAGGUGAGGCCUGGACGAGGUGACUUUCAUGAAUAUCCAUCUUGUAUCUGUGAGAAGCCAUUUACGGAUGAUGAAAACAGAAAGGGCGAAGAUCUACUGUCAGAUAGAAUUCAUAUGAACUUGAAGGAAAAUGUUGAUUCCAAGUAUGUUGGGGAGAAUCAAGGUGACAAAAGCCUCCAGAGAUUGAAGAAGAGAAGCAUAGAAGAACCAAUAUCUUUAAGAGAGAACAAGGACGGUGAAAAUUUUCCUGACUAAAGGUACAAAUGAAGGCAACUCCUGGUUAAUAGCAGGCACAAAUUUAUGCCUCCUACAUUUCAUCUUCCGAGCAUGUCACCAUUUCAUGCUGGCACCAAAAAAAAAAAAAUUCAUUGCGGCAUCAUAAUUUAAGCCUUCUUGAAUUUAGUAUCUGCUUUCCUUUUCUGUUCAGUAACGGUGAUUGGAUCAGCGAAUGAACUGGGUUUAUGUACAGGAGACAGGUAACUUCAAUGAGCUGCAAUUGUUCAUAGAUAGUUUUGCUAGGGAAACCUGUUUGUAGGUAUGUCAAAGUCAAUGGAACUUGUUUGGUUGCAUCUA